GAUAGUUACAGACUCUCACUCGGCCUUUGUGCCCAGAGCCUCUGCCUAGACCGUCUCGGGGUGCUCUCAAUAUUGAGGGCUGAGAUUACACCCGCCGAACCUGCUCGGGGUAAUACCCGCGGAGGGAAGACGAAGGCAAUCUAACUUGACCUGCACACGUCGGUGGAGCUGUCAGACCCGCAUUUUUCCUUGGAGCGAGUCGCUGCCCUUGAAAGCUCUAGAAAAUGGCCAACACAAACGUGGCUUAUCCCGUUUUGGGGGUUUACUUGCUUCUGGUCCUGGGCGCCGGCCUCCUUGCGGCGUUCGUGAACCGCAUCCACCUCCGCAAGGGCCAUGGCGACAAGGUGCGCGAGCACUUCAUGGCCGGCAAAGGCUUAGGCACAUUCGUAUGGUUCUGGACGAUGAUGGCGACGCUAUUUUCGGGCUACUCGGUUUCCGGUAUUGUGAACGAGGCCUACGGAACCGGCUGGAUGGCCACUCGCUGGAUUCCCGGCGGUGUGGGCCUCUAUAUUGCCUUUGCCGUCAUGGCGCCGCGCAUCCACGCAGUCGCCAAGCGCCGCGGCUACUUUACUAUGUCUCAGGUCCUGUUUGACCGCUUCUCCGGACCCAGCAGCUGCCACUGGAUUAUCCCGCACAUCAUCGCGCUGCUGGCGUUCUUCUGCCUGCAGCUGCCCGUGUUCACCUACCUGAUCACCCAGUUCCAGUCGCUGGGCCGCGAGGUGCGCACCUUCACCGCCGGCGACAUCAGCGCCACCACCGCCAUCUGCGUGGCCGCUUCGGUGCUGCUCAUCUGCGACCUGCUGGGCGGCAUGCGCGCCGUCGCCUUCACAGACGUGCUUCAGGGCGUCGUGCUCUUCUGCGGCUCCAUCAUUUUCCUGGUAAUCCAGAAGACCGAGCUUGGCGGCUUUGAGGAUGCCCACAACUACUGGGGCAACCCUGCCAAUGUGGCCAAACCGCGUGUUUGGAACAUGCAGCACGUGCCGAACGAGGUCAACCAGGUCAGCUACUUUGACUUCGUGUUCAAGACCACCGCGGCCGCCACCAUGUUCCCCCACCUGACGGCCCGCCUGUUCGCGGCCAAGGACGCCAAGGUCAUCCGCAAGGGCAUGUCGAUGAUGGUGUUCACCUUCUUUGUGGUUCAGUUCUCGUCCAUGAUCACCGGCUGGGUGGCCAUCGCCGCCCUACCCGUGCUGCCCAAGGGCUCCUCGGCCUUUGGCGCCAUGCUGCUGCUUGUCGCCCAGCAGGGCACCGGCCAGGCCGUGGUGUCUGCGCUGCUGCUGGCCUCCGCCAUCUGCGCCAUGAUGUCCACCGCCGACUCUGCGCUGCUGGCCUGUAGCAGCAUGUGGGUGCGCGACCUGUACACCAAGUACUUCCGCCCCCACGCCAGCGAGAUGGAGCAGCUCAUCUUCGGCAAGGUCGUGGCCAUCAUCGCGCUGGCCAUCGGCGUACUGCUCGGCAACCUGUCCAUUGAGACCGGCAAGCCCGACCUGUCGGGCCUGUUUGCGCUGCAGAACGUGACGCCCAUCCACGUCGUGCCCGCCGUCUGGCUGGGCCUGCACUGGCGCGGCCUGCGUGGCGAGGCGGUGCUGGUGGGCUUCGUGACCGGCCUGGGUGUGACGCUGGGCAUUGUGUUCUCGGACAAGAACAUCUCGCGCUCGGUGGGCUCGGACAUGACCGCGAGCGGCCUGUCGUCGGCCUGGAUCGGCUUCUGCAUCAACAUCGCUCUCGUCAUCUCCAUCGGCAGCCUGAUGCAGUUCUUCCCGCGCCUGUUCCCCUGGAUCAAGCCGCUGCCCCCGCCCGCCGAGGAGGAGGAGACUGCCCCCGAUAGCGGCGACACCGACGCCGCCUCGCAGGACUCGCAGGACGCCAUCGCCAUUGCCGCCAACGAGGCCGCCAUUGCCGCCGCUAAGGGCAUUGAGGCGCCCGAGCUGCCGCCCGUCCCCGUCGACGCUGCUGGCCACCACACCAUCCCCGCCGGCCACCACGCCGGCGAGCAGUACAGCGCUUUUGUGCCGCGCUGGUUGGACAUUGGCACCCGCCGCGACAAGACCUUGAACCCUUACUUCUGGACCUUCAUGGGCAUUGUGCUGCUCUUCACCGUGCCCUUCUACCGCCCGCCCGGCUCCAAGGACGGCUACGUCGGCUCCAUCGGCGCCUGGCCCUUCACCUCGCUGUUCCUGUCGGGCAUCCUGGCCAUCUGCGGCUCCGUCACCUUCCUGUACUUCUGGACCGACUACCGCCCCAUCAAGGAGUCCGUCGCGCCCGGCAUGUUGCCGCCGCAGGAGGUGGUGGUCGCGGAGCCGGGCGCCGAGAACGGAGCGGCAGUCAGCGUGGUGGCGGCCGCCGCAGAGCCCAUCAAGGCCUAGGCUUCCUCUCUCGCCUGGCGAUGUGGCCUCGGGGUCAGUGGCAGGCUGUACGGCUGCGUGGAACCGUACAUGGCAGGCGCUGGUGGGGUGGCAAUGGCAGUGGCGGUGGCGGCGUGAUGUUCGCGGAGAGCGGGGCGUGUGACCAUGGGCGGGGUUCGAGAGCAUGUGGGGCGGGGGCAUGAUUCUGGCGUUGUGUUGCAGUUCAAGACAGCAAUAAAGGACAUAGCUUUUUGGAUGUGUCGUGUAUACGUACGUGAUUGAGCCCAGCCUGAAAUUGCAUUGGCGUGCGGUUUCAAUGAUGGGCGGGUGUCCCGACAUCACCUUGCGCAUGGUGAUCAGAUAGUGUGAGGGGUGCGUGGGACGACCGCGGCCUGUGUCCGGCUCGUGUGUAUGUUGGAUCUGGUGUGAAUGAAGAGAUAUUGCUGUGCUGCUCGAAUGCCAGGGAAUGCGAACCUCUCCCCGAAGAACAUAUGUGCGCUUGUACUCGGCAACUGUGGUGUCAUGCAGUCGCGAAUGCACGGUUUGCUCCACUACUAACAGAAUUGUCGUUCACGCUGACGCUUCGGAAUAUGUAUGAAAGGCCAUCAGGCCUCCGUGGGGGGAUGCAAGUUGCCUGCGUUUCCUCAUUUGAAACUAUUGCGCAUGUGAAACAUGCUUAUUAUGUCAGCGGACGCGAGUGCCGAAUUUGGUAUCUGCUGGUGAUACCGUGGACCGCGCAGCGGUUCAAGGAUGCACAGUUUGCAGGACGGUGUGCGCGGCGCUGCCGCGUGGUUGGGCUCUGUGGUGUGGCCUUGCUCCACAUUCUGUAAAAUCUGUUGUCGCCCGUUCUAGUUGUGCUUGUUAUGGGAACGCGCCGAGUGUGAAAGAGCCCCGGAUGACCCCGGUCGGCUGGAC